UAAAACACUCACAAACUGUGGGGAAAUUUCCCUUUUGAAUUUGCCUCUAACCGCACAAGAAAAAUUAGACAGGAAGAUUUCAUCGAUUUUCUUCUAAUCUUUCUGUCUCUUUACAGGGUUAAAAGGUGAGAAAUGUUCUGCUGUGGAGGUGGGGAGGAAGAAGCCGCCGCGCCUCCACCCAAGCAGCACACUACCCCGCUUAAGCCCGGCAACGCCUAUGCCGGCACCGCUGGAGGAGGUGAUCGAGGAGACCCUCGCGGUGGUGGAAGAGGCGGAGCGCUGAAAAAAGCGCUGCCAAUUGAGCUUCCGGCGUUGGCGUUGAUCGACCUAAACCGGUUAACCGAUCAUUUCGGCCAAAAAUCCCUCAUCGGCGAGGGAUCCUAUGGACGAGUAUACUUCGCCACCCUAAGCGACGGCCGGUCCGCGGCCAUCAAGAAGCUCGACAGCUCAUCCGAGCCCGAAGCCGACAUCACCGACAUCACCGAGCAGCUCUCCAUCGUGUCGAGGCUCAAAAACGAGUAUUUCGUGUCCCUGUUGGGGUAUUGCUUUGAAGGAAAUAACAAAAUCUUGGUGUAUGAAUAUGCGGCAAUGGGCUCAUUGCAUGAUGUUUUGCACGGCCGGAAAGGGGUGCAGGGCGCCGAGCCGGGCCCGCUGCUGACGUGGAAUCAGAGGGUUAAGAUAGCCUAUGGCGCGGCCCGGGGCCUUGAGUUUUUGCAUGAGAAAUGUCAGCCUUCUGUUGUGCAUCGAGAUAUUAGAUCAAGCAAUGUGCUUUUGUUUGAUGAUUUUCUUGCUAAGAUUGCUGAUUAUAGCUUGACGAAUCAGUCCUCCGACACGGUGGCUCGCUUGCACUCUACUCGUGUUCUUGGCACCUUCGGUUACCAUGCUCCUGAGUAUGCGAUGACAGGCCAAAUAACUCAAAAGAGUGAUGUGUAUAGCUUCGGAGUCGUGCUUUUAGAACUCUUGACCGGGAGGAAGCCAGUGGACCACACUAUGCCCAAAGGGCAACAAAGUUUGGUCACAUGGGCAACACCAAGAUUGAGUGAAGAUAAAGUGAAACAAUGCAUAGAUCCAAAGCUCAAAGAGGACUAUCCCCCUAAGGCCAUGGCCAAGAUGGCGGCGGUGGCGGCCCUGUGCGUGCAAUACGAGGCCGAUUUUCGCCCAAAUAUGACGAUCGUGGUUAAGGCAUUGCAGCCACUUCUCAAUGCAAAACCAGCUGGACCUACUGGAGAUUCUACUGCAUAAACUACAAUUUGAAGUAGUUUCUUUGUAACAAUAUUCCAUGAAGAUCAUCAAAUCCAAAAUCUAACUAAUUUUUGUGUCUUCGUUGUUAGCCUUUUGCCUCAAGUUGAUGUAACUUAGAGAUCUUCUAAACACGAUAGUAAAUGAUCAAACAUAUUGUUGUGGCCCA